GCUACCUGACUACUUGCUGUAUCAUGUCGGGCAGAGACCUGCGUUAACACUGGAAUCGAGAAUAUGGGUCCACCAUUUGAGCAUAUUCCGACCAUAACGUGCCAUGUUGUUGUGGUCCGUGGGAUUAUAACAGUAUUAACUCUUUUAUCCAGUAUAGCGAUAUCGGAUGAAAGCCUGUGGUAUCAGGAAUUGUGUAGGUUCAAGUGGGAGGCUGUAGAUCCAGAUGGAAAUGUGCAUUAUGACAUAAAGCUCUGCAGCUCCUCACCAUCGACUACAUGUGGGGAAACAUGUGCCAUCUGUGCCAAGAAUUUAACUACCAAGCAGUCCCUGUCUGUUGGUGAGGUGUCAAUGCUGACAGCAUCACCAAAUGUGAUGACAUUUAACACAACCCAGAAAUGCUCAGACCCCAAUGCCAAACAGAACUUUCAGAGCAGUAUCAGCUUCCUAUGUGGCAAAACAAUGGGAACACCUGAAUUUGUAACUGUAUCUGAAUGUGUGUAUUACUUUGAAUGGAGGACCUAUGUAGCUUGCAAGAAGGACAAAUUCAAGCCCCACAAAGAGGUGCCCUGUUACGUGUUUGAUGCGGAUGGAAAAAAGCAUGACUUGAACCCACUGAUCAAGAUCACAGAUGGAUACUUGGUGGAUGACUCAGAUACCGAUGUUGAUUUAUACAUCAAUAUAUGCCGAAGCAUUACCUAUUCAGGAAACUACUGUCCUGAAGGAUCCUCUGCUUGUUUGAUAACAAGCAAAGGGGAAUACUUGGAUAUGGGUCAUCCUACUGAGAGUUUAGAGCUUUUGGAUAAAGACAGGCUGAUGCUGCGCUAUAUUGGUGUUACUGAAGGCAAGCCAGAAUUUUGUGGGGAUCACACUCCUGCUGUUACCAUUACAUUUGUUUGUCCAUCAGGAAGACAGGAGGGCAGUGAUCCUAGGUUGACUGCAAAAGAAAACUGCCGGUAUGAGGUUGAAUGGGUGACAGAAUAUGCGUGUCACAGAGAUUAUCUGGAGACCAGUGAUUGCAAGUUCAGCAGUGCAGAGCAUGAUAUCUCCAUUGACCUCACUCCUCUCCAUAUUGAUGCUAAUUCAGAGACACCAUAUCGCGCCACUUCCACUAGUAGUGAUGGGAAAGAUACUUAUUUCUAUUACCUCAAUGUGUGUGGUGAAACCAGCGCUGGUGAAUGCAGAGAUACCAAAGGAUCCAUCUCCUCUUGUCAAGUCAAACAAGAUGGGUCCUUGACCAAGGUUGCAGGGAGAUACAAAAAUCAGAUUCUGAGGUACUCAGAUGGAGACCUAACCCUAAUCUAUCCAGGAGGAAAUUCUUGCAGUUCGGGUUUUCAGAGAAUGACUAUCAUCAAUUUUGAAUGCAACCAAACAGCUGGAAACAAUGGGAAAGGUUCCCCAGUCUUUGUGGGAGAGUCUGACUGCACUUAUUUUUUCAACUGGCAAACAUCUCAUGCCUGUGUGAAGGAAAAGGAAAAUCUACUUUGCAGAGUCACAGAUAAGAAGAAGCGCUAUGACCUGUCAGCUUUAACAAGAUACUCAAAGCCUGGUUCAAACCAGAACUGGGAGGCUGUGGACAGCACGUCUUCUAAGUCAGAGAAGAAGCACUUCUAUAUCAACAUUUGCCACAGGAUUCUCCAAAAUGAAGCUACAAAAGGCUGUCCAGAAGAACCAGCUGUUUGUGCUGUUGGACAAGAUGGAAAAGCAAGGAAUUUGGGCAAAUUUGUUUCCAGUCCUAUAAAGGACAACGAUAAUAUUCGCCUUACAUAUACAGAAGGUGACACCUGCAAGAAAGACACAAAAAUUAAAACAGUUAUUACAUUGUUGUGCAAACCUGGUGACCUGGAAAGUGCCCCUUUGUUGAGGAGUGUGUCCAGUGAUGAGUGUGUCUAUGAGUUUGAGUGGCACACGGCCGCUGCUUGUGUCAUGUCCAUGACUGUGGGAGACAACUGUAUUGUGUCCAAUCCCCAGGCUGGGUUUUCUUUUGACCUUUCGCCACUCAGAAAUGCAGAUGGAUACAGUGUCUCCAGUGGGGAUUAUAAGUAUUUCCUCAAUGUCUGUGGCUCGGUUAAGGAAGGAAUCUGCACUGCAAAUGCAGGGGCAUGUCAGGUAGACAAAAGCGGUAGCUCUUGGAAUCUCGGUGAUUUCAAUUCCAAGCUGUCAUACUAUGAUGGACUGAUCCAUCUGAAUUACAGAAAUGGGUCAAAGUAUAAUAACAGACUGCACACUCAGCGCUCGACUUUCAUUUCCUUUCUAUGUGACAGGGAGGCUGGAGUGGGCCUACCUGAGUACCAGGUUGAAGACAACUAUACCUACAAUUUUAAAUGGUAUACAUCAUAUGCAUGUCCAGAGAUGCCAAUUGAAUGUAUGGUGACAGACUUAAAGACUAUGCAGCAGUAUGACUUAUCCCGUUUGUCCAAGUCUGAAGGUAGCGAUGAAAACUGGCAAGCAAUGGACAGUUCUCAACCAGGCAACCGGAGAAAAUAUUACAUUAAUGUGUGCCGUCCUUUGAACCACAUACCAGGAUGUGAUCGCUAUGCUUCUGUCUGCGAGAUGAAGUAUGAAGUACAGGAGGGCAUAAUGGUUGAGAAAGUUUCUGUUAGCAAUUUGGGAAUUGCCAAGAAGGGCCCGAUGAUUGAAGAUGAAAACCACCUUCUCUUGGAAUACAGUGAUGGCUCUGCAUGUGUCAACGAGGAUGGCAACAGGAUGGCGUACACCACACGCAUCCACUUGGUCUGUUCCAGGGGGAUUCUGUCUUCUGGCCCUCGUUUCCUCAUGAAUCAGAACUGUACUGCCACCUUUCUGUGGGAAACUGAAGCUGCAUGUGUCAUCUCCACCUCUGAGGAGAGUAAUACUUGCACUUUGAAAGAUCCAAGCACUGGGUUUGAAUUCAACCUGCAGCCUCUUGCUUCCAAAACCGGAUAUGAAGCUUUAGGAAAUGGGAAAAAAUUCAAGGUUAAUAUAUGUGAUUCACUAGAUGAGUGUGGAACAGACAAGCCAGCUGCUGGGUGUGAGAUUGAGGAUGGGAAACCUCUGGGUCCGGUUGGUGUGACAAAAUCUCUGCAGUUCUCGACUGAAGGCCUAUUGACACUCACUUACAAAGGGGACCUUGAUGUAGCCACAGGAAUCAGCAAGACUUAUAUCAUCAACUUCAUCUGUGACCAGGACAUCUACCCUGGAACACUGAAUCUGGUGACAGAGGAGAUGAGCUCUACUACACAUGUCACUCAUGAUGUCUUCUUUGAGGUUCACACAGCCUUGGCCUGUGCUCCUGCCCCUGUGAACUGUGAAGUCACUGAUUCAUUUGGCAAUGAGUAUGAUCUCAGUGACCUUAGUAGAGAUGACGCUCCUUGGCAGGCAAUUGACACUUCUGCAGAUGCAAAACAAAGGACUUUUUACAUCAAUAUCUGUAAGCCAUUGCCUUUGGUGCGUGGCUGCCCUGGAGGUCCCUUGGGUUCCUGUGCCAGUUUCCCUGACCACAGCUUCAACCUGGGCUACAUUCAGGCCAGCCCUCAGGCAGCUCCAGACGGCUCCCUCAGCAUUGUCUACCUCAAUGGAGACAAGUGCGGCCAAAGCCGCUACUCCACACGAAUUAUCUUUCAGUGUGAUGACAGUCCUGGUUCCCCUGUAUUUGACCGCCUCAAUGGCUGUGAGUAUGUGUUCAUUUGGAGAACCUCUGAGGCAUGUCCAAUCCACAGGGCUCAAGGUGAUCAUUGCAGAGUAAGGGACCCAAGGAGUGGCUACGUGUUUGACUUUACAAAGCUUUCAGGGAAAGAUUAUGAAGUAAAGUCUGGGCAGUAUAAUUAUCGAUUUUCAGUGUGCAGCCCCCUGCAUACCAAAAAAUGCAAAAACAGUGAGUCUGCAUCAUCUUGCCAGGAAGACACUGCGCAACAGGAUUUUCCAAGGAUUGCAGGAUUGGCAACACAAAACCUUACCUAUGAAGAUGGGCUAAUAAUGAUUAAUUACACCAACGGGGAAAAGUGUCACAAAAUCUAUGAACGGUCCACAGCCAUAGUGUUCAUCUGUGACCACAGCAAGAACUAUGGAACACCUGUGUUUCUGAAGGAGACCCUAGAUUGCACCUACAUGUUUGAGUGGCACACAGAACUUGCCUGCCUUCCAUUUAAAACAAUUGAGUGCUCAUUCAAAGAUGGAAAUGGAAACUCCUAUGAUCUUUCACCUUUGUCACUGCAUAAUACCAAUUGGGUUGUUGAACCAAUGAUUGGCAGCACACAGAAGCGCUAUUACAUCAAUGUCUGCAAGUCUCUUGUGCAGCAAAAUGGGUCCUGGGAGUGUCCCUCCAGUGCAGCAUCCUGUAUGAAGAAUGGUUCUCAGUAUGUCAGUCUUGGUGAGGUAGAAUCAGGACUUCAGUGGGAGAACAAUGUCCUAUUCCUGCAGUAUAUCAACGGAGAGAAGUGUCCAGAUGGGAAGCGGAACAGGAUGACCAUUAUACGUUUCAAAUGUGAUGAAGAUAAAGUGGAUUCAAAGCCAACACUGAUCACAGCAAUAGAAGAUUGUGUUUAUACUUUCAUGUGGUUCACAGCAACAGCCUGUCCCCUGAAGAGCAAUGUACAUAAGGACUGCAAAGUUACAAACCCAGUUACAGGGUAUCUCUUUGAUCUGAAUGUGCUAAACAUAAAGGGAGGGUACACAGUGUAUGACAGCACAAACAAGAAAAAACUAAUCCGGUUGAACGUCUGUGGUGGAGUUGCAGAUUCAGGAUGUGGACCAGAUGCUGGGGUAUGUAUAAAAGAUACCAAGACAGCUGUUAAUGCUGGUUUAGUUUCCAAGACGUUGACUUACUUGGAUCAAGUUGUGCAGCUUACUUAUGAGAAUGGAGACCUGUGCCCUGGAAGUAGUUCUCUGAGACACAAGAGUAUCUUCAGUUUUGUUUGCAAGUCCCAGGCCAGCUCAGCAGAUGGACCUGUGCUGGUGGCUACAGACAAGGAAAAGUGCACUCACUUCUUCUCCUGGCACACACCACUCAUUUGUGAACAGCAGGUGAGCUGUUCAGUUAAAAAUGGGAGCUCCAUCAUUGACCUAACUCCACUGAUCCACAAAACGGGUUAUUACUCUGCAACUGAUGCUGAGCUGGGAAGGGACAACUCUCCAGACUUUUAUAUCAACAUUUGUCAGCCAUUGAACCCCAUUCCUGGAGUUACCUGCCCACCUGGAGCAGCCGUGUGCUUAGACCCAGUUGAUGGGCUUCCCAUAGACAUUGGACGAAUCACGGGACCUCCGCAGAUAAAUGAAGCCAUUAAUGAAGUUUAUAUAUCCUUCAACAGCAACACUGUGUGUCUCUCUGACAAGAGCAAGAAUUAUACUUCACUCAUUUUGUUCAGCUGCCAAAGAGGAACUGAUCUGGGCUCUCCUCAGAUGAUAAGGAAGUCACCUUGCAGUUAUGUGUUUGAAUGGGCCACACCAGUGGUAUGCUCAGAUUCUGUCAGUACGUCAGGUUGUGCCUUAAAAGAUGACCAACUACAGUUUACCUUUAGUCUCUCCUCUCUGACAGGAGGGAGCUACCAGGUACCCUCUGGCUCCAAGUCCUACCAAAUUAAUGUCUGUGCACCAGUGACAGAUGCCAAGUGCCAGGACAGUGCUGUGUGUCUAGUUUUAAACAAUGCUGCAUACUCUUUUGGGAACUUUAAGGCAAUGUCUAUGGAUUACAGGCAUGAAGAUCAGGCUAUUAUAAUGAAGUAUGGAAGUGGAGACCCAUGUCCAACAGUGACCACAAAAGGUGAAGUCUGUACCUUCCCUUUUAAAUACCAUAAGAAGUCUUACAAUUCAUGUACUACAGAUGGGAGGACUAACGGAGAUCUUUGGUGUGCAACAACUGAUGACUACAAUAGAGACCAGAAGUGGGGAUUUUGUACUAAUGCAACAGGAAAGAUGAGUUCCACCAUUAUCUUCAAGUGUGAUAGGUCUGCGGACCCCGGGUCACCUCAGCUGCUGAGUGAAACAUUAGGCUGUGCCACCACCUUCGAGUGGAAGACCAGUGUGGCAUGCCCACCAAAGAAGAUGCAGUGCAAGGUGGUCAGUAAUCAUAAAACCUAUGACCUCCAUGCUCUGUCCUCGCUCACAGCACCAUGGAAGUUCAGCCAUGGCAGUGACUCGUACUACAUCAAUUUUUGCCAGGAAAUCCACGGAGGUCUUACAGACUGCCCUGUAACUGCUGCUGUCUGUCGGCAGACCAAAACAAAAAAAACACAGACACUGGGCCUGUUCUACACCCAGCAGAUAAGUGUUAAGGAUGAGAAGAUCUAUAUCAACUACUCUAGAGGUGAUGAGGUAUGUGAAAAUGGAAUUCAAGCUAAAACCAUUGUGCAGCUUGAGUGUGGAAAGACAAUGGGAAUUCCCACAUUUCAGAGUCUGGAUGAGAAGAACUGCGAAUUCUGGCUACAUUGGGAAACCCGAGCUGCCUGUGUCAUGACCCAGCAGGAAGUACAGAUGAUAAAUGGCACCAUCACAAUCCCAGACACAGGGGCCAGCUUCAGCCUGGGGGCUAUUUACUUCAGGAUGCACACAGCAUAUGGAGACAUAAGAUCAAAUGGAGAUAAGUACAUCUAUAAUAUCCAGCUGUCUGGGAUUACAGACACAUCCUCUGGUUGUUUAGGAGCCAAUAUUUGCCAAGUAAAGGUCAGUGGAGAAUACAAAAGGAAAAUUGGACACUCCAGCUCAGCCAAAUACUAUGUUAAAGAUGGAAACUUAGAUGUGGUGAUCCCCUCAGAUUCUCUCUGUGGCCGGGAUAAAUCCAAAAAUGUGUCCUCCACCAUUAUCUUCCAGUGUAACCCAUCAGCAGGUGAAGGGAUCCCAGAAUUUCUCCUAGAAGCAGACGACUGUCAGUACCUCUUUCAUUGGCACACAUCUGUUGUGUGUGAUCUUGUUGCUGUGAUGGAUAGUGGCAAAAAUGACAAGAGUGACAGUGGGCUUAUAGGUCUGUCUGGAAGAAGUCAGGCAGUGGGAGCUGUGCUGAGUGUGCUGUUGGUAGUGCUCACAGCUUGUCUCCUCAUCCUGCUACUAUACAAACGGGAAAGGAGGGAACUGGUUCUGCAGAAGGUGACUGGGUGCUGCAGAAGAGGAGGGAAUAUUUCCUAUAAAUAUUCAAAGAUAAGUACAGAAGAAGAUGGGGCAGAGGAUGAAACUGAGUGGCUGAUGGAAGAAGUUGCCACACCCGACUCAUUGUCUCGAGUAGCAAAGGAGUGCCAGGAGAAUGGGCACAUCACCACUAAGCCUGUCAAUGCAGAUGCCUUCAAUGCAUUCCCUCUUGAUGAGCAGGACAGUGAGGAUGAGGUGCUGACAGUUCCAGGAGUGCGCAUCCAGUCUAGCCAGCCAAGUCUUGAGUGGCAAAAUGGCAAGGCUAGCCCAAAAAGGCCUUUGCUAGAGCAGGAGAGCGAUGAUGACCUAGUGGAAUUUCUUGGAGAGAAAAAAACCCGGCCUAAAUGCAAAGGGAAGACACAAAGGAAGAGAGCAGAGAACCUUACCUCCUUCCAUGAUGACAGUGAUGAAGACCUGUUGAAGGUGUGAUGCCUUCCUUGAUACCAAACUCCUGCCUGAACUAAGUUCAUCAGAACAGCUCUGACUGAAUGCUUCUAUAAUUAUCCACCAUUUUCUAAAAAGGGAAAAUAUUGGUUUACGGUUUAAAAUAACUUUUUGUUUCCUUGAUCAGUUCCUGAUGAUACCCAAAAUGAUUUUCAUGGAUGUUCUUUAAUAUGAUUUUUUCAGUUCUGAGUUUAUUUUUCUAAAUUUGUUUUUCAGAAUGCUUUCAACAUUGUUAAUUAUGUUUUUUAGGACUUCUCUUCCAAUCACAGUCAGACUCCUAUUAUGAAAGACUAGGUACUCUGUGCUUUAGGUUAAAAUAUACAACAUGAAAGUGCUUCAGGCCCUAAACCUAUUGAAGAUGCUAAAAACCCACUUUUUGCAAAAAAAAUUUGUGGAGACUUCAUUGAAACUGUUGAAGGUGUUGCUUGUCAUUAUUUUGGGUGAGUUACACUGACAUGAAAUGACAGUGCUGUCACCUUGAGGUACUAUAUGUCCUCUGAGAGAGUACUGAAAUGCUAAGAAUGCAUUGUGUUCUGUUUUUUGUAAUAUAGUAUGUUAAUUUAAAUAAUGACAAUGUUGUACAUAACAGCACAUCAAAUCUGAUAAGACCCACCACUGGCACAUGCAGUUUUUUUAAGGUUCCUGUGCCAUGUGGGUUAUCCGUUUCUUAAAAGGUCACAACAUCCAUGAGAUUGACCAUAUGAGUUAGAGGAUAGGGAAUUCGGGAGGAAGGUGCCACCUUCUAUACCUCUUAUAAUUGUAGUCUAAAAUGAUUAUUUCUGGGUUUCUAGAGGCUUAAGAACAGUUUCUUUCACUUUGCCAAAAUCAUUUGUAUGCUUUUAUACAAUUAAGGCUUGCCCCAAGUUUAAUUUUAAUCAAACCAGUGCCAUUGAAGAGUGUAUUUCAAAGCUAGAGGCCCCUUUUCAGCCUUUCUCAGCAGUAUCAGCAGUAUUAAUCUGAGGCUUUAUCAAAGACGUUUGAUCUUAACACGUAUCGGGAUCACCUGUUCCAAGAUCACAUUUCAUGUUAGUUUUCGCAUGCAUUUAGUUUAAUGAAUCAUCAUUUUAACCAGUGAUUACCUGUAGUUUUUCAAAUAUUCUCUACAGUAUAUGUUAUGGUUUGCUAUGGUGAAUUCAUUGCUUUUUAGAACAGACUGGGCAACAACCAUACCAUUUUUUCCACAUAUUAAAUUAAUGAAACAUUACUUAAUGCAUCAGUUGUAAGACACAUUCCAAGUUGUGAUGUAAAACACAUUAAAUUGUGCUUCUGAUAUUUCACUUUUGGUUCUUUGAAAAUGAAGCAUUGAAUGAUUUUAAAAUGCUUUUACUGCAUUGGAUUGGAUUACUGCAGUAAAAUGUUAGAUAUGCUGUUAAUUCUGGUACUCAAAGCUAAUUGUCCUCCAGUGUUAUAGAUAAAGAUGACUGCUCAUUCUAACUUUUUGACAUUCUAGAACAUAUGCCAAAGUCUCCUUUUCUUUGUUUUGAGAAAGUUGGAUAUUUGAGAAACCAAAUAUUCAGUGCUUAAACUUGAUGAUUGCAGUAUGUCAGCAUGCACUUUCAGAAAUUUUCAAAGCUUAUCACUUCUUUGGUUGUUUUUCAACAUACAGUACUUUUAGAAAAUACAUUUCCUAAAAUUUUAAAAAGUGAAGUAAGUCUGGCACUGGAAAAAACUUGAAAAUUAACCUACGUAUUUAUGCAAGUUUCAGACAGCUGCACAUUAUAAUAUGGUUAUUGAAGAUUAUGUUUAUUGAAAGAGUUUCUGUGGUUAAGCUGAGUAAGAGCUCUUAGUGUUUAUUACUGUUCAAGACAAGAGAGGUCAUGAGUGGGAUAUGUACAUUUUCCAGAUGUGCCCGAAAAUGCAAAGCAAGUACUAUUUAAUAAAUGUGGCCGUAGGACAUUAUUUCAGUUUCCAGUUCAAAACUAAAUUUUGUAGUGAUUUAUAUUUGCUUUUUUUUCCACAUAGACUAACCACAGUCAAUGUGGAAUUUCCCACUGAUCUACAAAUGCGCGCACAUGCAUACAGUAAAUGUAUAUCAUACACUAGCUAAAAGGAUGCAAAUACACUUUGAAGGAUCUACAUUUUGAUGUUUUUUUCAAGGAACAUACACAACACUGGCAGGCUGUGGUUAAUACCAGAGGUUUAAUCUUUCCUCAGACAGCUCAGACAUGCAUCUGUUGUUUUAGGAAUGUGAUCAAUAUUCCGGUGUGGCAAGAUAUAGGAUGCUCCUUUUAGGUACAGACACUGAAAGGAAUUCUUUAAUUGUGAUGCUUUUCUUUGCAGGGGCUAUUCUUUAAUUACACAUGAUCUGUUAGUCUUACUGUAUCUCUGUUGAUUGGCCAAACUCUUGAAAAGGUGUGAUGUUCUGGCAUCCAUUAUUCAUAAGACCUGGUUUUUGGGUUAAUGGUUAUUUGAUGGUCUGCAAAUGAAUAGCAAUUUCUGCAUAGUUUGUCAAAAUUCUCCAAAGGGGAGUUUCAGCUCAUGUAUGUCAGUGAAAGUAAUAGUUUUGUGAAAGAAAGUUUCCAAUCUUAAAUCACCUGUGAAUCAUACUGUAUAUACAGAAAAAUAAUAAGUAUAAUCACAAUUCUGCCAUUAGUCAUUAGUGAGUUAGUCUUAGUGAGAACAAACUGAACAAGCCGUUACACUGAACAGACAUAGCCUCUCAACGAAUUGCUACAAGUUGUUAGAAAUAGAAUAGAAUCUUACAAAUAUAAGAACUCCUGAUGCCUUGGCUGAGAAUGGCAACACAGGUAUUUGCCCCACUAAUAUAUCACCUUUUUUUAAAUUUAUCUUUCUGUGGUUCUGAGAUGAAUAGGUUCACAAAUAUAUACAGUACAUUGUACUAGGUUUCCAAUUAUGUUAUUGAAGAAAUGAAAGAAAUUGUACUAGUAUGUGUAAUUAAUGCCAAUGACUGGAGGAGUUAAUGUAGCUCCGUGUAAUAGGUUAUUUGGGAAAGAGACCAUUCACCUGCUUCCUUAGCUAGAUUUCUAAGGAGAGCACUGCUCACAUUCAGACCCACUUCUGGUGGCAGUAGUAUCACUACUUCUUACAAUAAGCGUGCUCCUCUGCUGAAUGCUCCAAAGCAUGAGGGCUUGGUAUAUUACUGAUGGUAAUUAAGGAAAAUAAAGCUUUGAACCCUCUUUUUGUUGUAUUUUUUUUCUUCUGGUAUUGGGUUCUAGAGAGUUAGAAUCUAUUUUUACCAAAUUGUUUUACCGGCACUGCUUUUUUGUGUGUUUCCUAUUUAAGAAUUGAUUGAGUUGAUGUAAAAUAAAGUAUUGCAUUAUUUAAAUAAAAUAUCAACCUUCAUGUUCUAAA